AUGGAGCAUAAACACAGGAAAUACAACAUGGAGCAUAAGACAAGUAUGUAUAAAUAAGUAAAAGAUUCUGAUCUAAAGGAAAGAUAGAUUUAGACUUUAAGACUUUUUAUUCCAUAUACUUAGCUUUAGUCUUUUAUUCCCAUCUAAAAGUAACAGGUAUGAACUUUGCACUGUGGCUCACACUUACAUCUGGUCCUUAGUGUAGAAUAGCAAUAGCCAACCCCUGUUAGAGACCAUUGGCAGUGUGAACAGAUUGAUCUCUCCACAGAGAGACUAGCUGCACUUAGAGAGAUACCAGUCUGUCAGUGUUAUACUCCUCUCUCCCCAGACACCUGUGGUCUCUGCAGCUGAUGUCGUACACUGAGUGUACAAAACAUUAUGAACAGCUGCUCUUUCCAUGACAUAGACUGACCAGGUGAAUCCAGGUGAAAGCUAUGAUCCCUUAUUGAUGUCACUUGUUAAAUCCACUUAAAUCAGUGUAGAUGAAGGGGAGGAGACAGGUUAAAGAAGGAUUUUUAAGCCUUGAGACAAUUGAGACAUGGAUUGUAUAUGUGUGCCAUUCAGAGGGUGAAUGGGCAAGAUAAAAGAUUGAAGUGUCUUUGAACAGGGUAUGGUAGUAGGUGCCAGGCGCACCGGUUUGAGUGUGUCAAGAACUGCAACGCUGCUGGGGUUUUCACGCUCAACAGUUUUCUGUGUGUAUCAAGAAUGGUCCACCACCCAAAGGACAUCCAGCCAACUCUGGGAAGCAUUGGAGUCAACAUGGGCCAGCAUCCCUGUGGAAUGCUUUCGACACCUUUUAGAGUCCAUGCCUGAUGAAUUGAGGCUGUUCUGAGGGCAAAAGGGGGUGCAACUCAAUAUUAGGAAGGUGUUCCUAAUAUUUGGUAUACUCAGUAUAUAGUGGACCCUAUUAUCCAAACACCGUGCUUAACACUCACUAGAUUAGAGUGUCUGCUAAAUGAAUAAAAUAAAAUAAAUAUAACACAUACAUUCAGCAUAUGUGGCCAUGCGGAAAUCAAACCCACAACCCUGGUGCUGCAAGCACCAUGUUCCAACCCAACUGAGCCACAUGUAUCGGUAUUAUGAAUAGUACUACCAACAGAAUGUGUUGUGAGAGAGCCGUCUGCCUGUUCUUCCAUAGGCCAUCUGUAGAUAGCCAUCAGCCACCCAGGAGAGGCGUUCAGUGAUGGUGUGAGAGCCAGAUAAAUAAAACUAGCGGCUGUUAAAUUCUAUGGCUCAGAGCUGAACUGAAGGGUUCCUGUCAGAAUGUCUAAAUAUCCCAUGUUGGUCUAACAUCCCACUCUGCUCCCUAUGUUUAAAACAGGGUUAUAACAUGGUUAUAAAGGUUUAUGGUCUCCUGGGUGAACUUGUGUCCCCUUGUGUCUCUUGUUCAGGUUCAGACCACAUCCGUGAGAAGGAUGGUCUGUGGUCGGUGCUGGUGUGGCUAUCCAUCAUGGCUGUCAGGAAACAGGGCGUGGAGGAGAUCGUCAAGGACCACUGGGCCAAGCUCGGACGCAAUUACUUCUGCAGGUCACUCUGCUAUGCAAUCAAUCAAUCAACCAAUCAACCAACCAACCAAUAAAUCAACCAAUCAAUAAACCAAUCAACCAAUCAAUCAAUCAGCCAAUCAAUCAACCAAUCGGUUAAUCAAUCAAUCAAUCAGUGGAUUGCAAUACAUGUAUAGUGAACACAGAAAGACACAUUGAAGAUGUCAUGUCCUUAUCUAAUCGCCUUGAAUAGACUGGGAUGCUUCUUUCUGUGUUUGUCUCUGUGCUUGUGGUUUCUAUGAGUGUUUGUGUGUCUUUAUGCCACAUGCAUGCUUGUGUGUGUAUGUGUGUGCCCAUGUGUUCACACCUGUGUGUGUGUGUGUGUGUGUGUGUGUGUGUUCCCAGGUUUGACUAUGAGGGCGUGGACCCCAGAGCUGCAUUCUACCUGAUGAGAGACUUGGAGGGGGUGAUCACAGACAAGGCCUUUCUUACCCAGAAGUUUGCUGUGGGGACUAACGUCUACAGCGUGGAGCGGGCUGAUAACUUUGAGUACAUCGACCCUGUGGACGGAACCGUGGUCCGCAACCAGGUCUAUAUAACUGAAACAUGGCUCUUAGAGGAGAGGAGAGGAGAGGAGAGGAGAGGAGAGGAGAGGAGAGGAGAGGAGAGGAGAGGAGAGGAGAGGAGAGGAGAGGAGAGGAGAGGAGAGGAGAGGAGAGGAGAGGAGAGGAGAGGAGAGGAGAGGAGAGGAGGUUGUCUAUGAUGAGGUCAAUAUAACUGUUCACUUUAUUAGUCAAUUAAAUACCAUCUGAAAAGUCAGCACAUAUUCCCCUUCUCUCUAUCCUUCUCUACUUGUGUCCUCCUACCCCUCUCUGCUCCAGCCCACCCAGAUAACCAUGUGUUCGGACUGGGGUUCCAUGUUUGGGCAUGGCUGUCUCUAAUCCUUUACCUCAGCCAGUACACACACACACACACACACACACACACACACACACACACACACACACACACACAGCAGAGCCCUGCUUUGCUUUAGUAAAAGACAGAAACAGGACAGCCAGACAGGCAGAGGAACAGUAGUGUAAUAAUGGUGUGAUAUACAACCUGUUGCUUAGGAACCGUCGGCCUACUGUUGAUGGUAACACAUCUCUGUAGUGCUUACUUCACUGUUUCCCGAUUGGUGAGAGGGGACCUGCUAGUCACAAUCGAGUCUAUGGCAUUGGUUCUGGUGACAUAUUGAGAAGACUCCCAAAGCUUUAGGUGGGUCACAGGGCUAAAAGGUUUAGGAACAAGUGAUAUGUAUACAGCAGUGAUGUCACAGUGGCUAAUGUAUGAUGUUUUGGCUUGGCCUUUAUUCUGAUUGGUAGAUCUGGUUUAGCCUGGGGACUUUAAUCUCAUUGGUGGAUGCAGAUAUGUCUCGGCUGGGCCUUUAUUGUGAUUGGUGUAAAGACUGAUGAAUCAGAGUCUGUCAGCCUCAGUAAAGAUGAUGAGUGUUACACAGUCUACUGUUGGGAAAUGUAAACACACACACACAGGCACACACACACACACAGAGGUACACACACAGACAGGUACAGCCUUUUCACUUGGCUGCUGUCCCAUCCUCCCCACACACCCUGGAAUAUCUCCUGGCGUAGACACUUUUCAGUCUCCAGCCCCAGCUCAUACUACACACACACAAUAAUAUCACACGUAAAUCCCAUUGGUGUCAAGUGUCAUGGCCAGGGAGGUAUGAUGUCAUAAGAGAUGGUGUGUGUGUUUGUUUUUAGUCAGUCACCCUCCCAAUCAGGCGUGUCAGAGUAGCCGGAUCAGACCUCGGCCAUCCUUCACUGUCACAGUGAACUCCACAGAGGCACAGCAGUUACAGCUAGUUAGUCACUCAGCUAAAGGUGUGACAGCUUCUCCCUCCCUAGUAAACCUACUACCCCUGUGUAUAUUCAGGACAUUAUCAGCUGUCGUCUCUCUGUGAGAGGGGGAGGUGCUGUCUGUUGUAUGCGUACACACUCCAUAUAUUUAUGUCAUUUAGCAGAUGCUCUUAUCCAGAACGACUUAAAGGAGCAAUUAGGGUUAAGUGCCUUGCUCAAGGGCACAUCAAUAUAUUUUUCACGUAGUUGGCUCGGGGAUUUGAACCAGCGACCUUUCAGUUAUUGGCCUAACACUCUUAACCACUAGGCUACCUGCCGCCCCAUUCAUAAACAGAGACACAUGCUCACAGAUAUAGCAACACGCACACACAGACACACACACACACACACAGACUGGCUGUGAUGACAAGUUGAGAGAGGCUUUACAGAGCUAUGCCUGGGUUGCCUCUGUAGCCUGCUACUGAAAUGUUCCCACAAAGAAAGACUACACACAUACUACUGUACAUUGAACCUCUCUCUCUCUGACACAAACACCUACAUAUAGACAUACAGGGAUGUACUGUAGGUAAACAUAUUAAAUGCACACACACACACACACACACACAUGCAUAUGACUACAGUGGCAUCUAGUGGUGUCAGUUGAUACUGCAUUAAACAACACUGACUCUCCUCUGUCUCACCGCUGCUAGUCUGUCUGUCUACCUGUCUCACUGCCUCUGGUCUGUCUUUCUACCUGUCUCACUGCCUCUAGUCAGUCUUUCUACCUGUCUCACUGUCUCUGAUCUGUCUGCAUACCUGUCUUACUGCCUCUGGUCUGUCUGCAUACCUGUCUCACUGCCUCUAGUCAGUAUUUCGACCUGUCUCACUGUCUCUGGUCUGUCUGCAUACCUGUCUCACUGUCUCUGGUCUGUCUGCAUACCUGUCUCACUGCCUCUGGUCUGUCUGUAUACCUGUCUCACUGCCUCUAGUCAGUCUGUCUACCUGUCUCACUGUAUUUGGUCUGUCUGCAUACAUGUCUCACUGCCUCUGGUCUGUCUUUCUACCUGUCUCACUGCCUCUGGUCUGUCUUUCUACCUGUCUUCACUGCCUCUGGUCUGUCUUUCUACCUGUCUCACUGUCUGUGGUCUGUCUGCAUACCUGUCUUACUGCCUCUGGUCUGUCUGCAUACCUGUCGCACUGUCUCUGGUCUGUCUGCAUACCUGUCUCACUGCCUCUAGCCAGUUUUUCUACCUGUCUCACUGUCUCUGGUCUGUCUGCAUACCUGUCUCACUGCCUCUGGUCUGUCUGCAUACCUGUCUCACUGCCUCUGGUCUGUCUUUCUACCUGUCUCAAUGCCUCUAGUCAGUUUUUCUACCUGUCUCACUGUCUCUGGUCUGUCUGCAUACCUGUCUCACUGUCUCUGGUCUGUCUGCAUACCUGUCUCACUGCCUCUGGUCUGUCUGCAUACCUGUCUCACUGCCUCUGGUCUGUCUGCAAACCUGUCUCACUGCCUCUAGUCAGUCUUUCUACCUAUCUCACUGUCUCUGGUCUGUCUGCAUACCUGUCUCACUGUCUCUGGUCUGUCUGCAUACCUGUCUCACUGUCUCUGGUCUGUCUGUAUACAGGGACUGCGGAUCGUCUUCACUGAUGCGUCCCGUCUGGUCUUCCGUCUGAGUGGGAGUGGGGGAGGGGCCGGGGCCACAGUCCGGAUCUACGCAGAGAGCUUCGAGAGAGACCCCGAGAGACAUAACAGAGAAACUCAGGUAGGGAGUUCACUGGAAUCCAUUAUGAUAGGUCUGUUUCUGACAACUUAGGAAUUCAAAUUAUUGAGACAAUUUCAAACCGUUCCAGUGUUUUAUGAGGGUCUAUCCCAUCAUCGGUUCCUUGUGUAGUUAUGAACUUACAGGCCGAUAAACUAAGGAGAGGAUCAAUGCAACAUUAUCAUUUUCAUUGAUCCAUUUGAUUUAUUCUUUAACCACAAGGACAAUGGCAUUGUCAACAAUAGGGUAUGGUUCAAAAUGGUUGCAUGCAAUAUGAUCCUAUAACACAACCCACCUCCAACUGGGUGUCUGACCAACAUGUGACAUGGUGACAUUACAUGUGAUAGUUGUUUUAGCUGCUCGGUAGACUUUGGAUAUGGUGUGGCCAUAUUGUGUUUGACUGGUAGUGUACUUUAACCAUGCCACAGUAUUAGUCAGUAUAGAGGUGAGCGCUGUUUUGAUGCCAUGGCUUAGUUAUCAGUGAUCAGUUAUGAUGAAACACGGCUGGCUUUGAUUAGAUUGAUCAGUUCCAUGUAAACAUUCUCUCACAAACUGCUUUGAAUUGAGCCAGGAAACGCCUAUACCAUUGGAUCUGUAGUCAUGACGCAACAUGUGGCUUAGCGCCGUGGUUACCAUGGUUACCUCACUAAACAGGUUACUUCAGGUUGUGAGUUGCACCAACACAAUACAACUGUUAAACUGUCAGUGGAUACUAAGGUGCUGCUGGACAGUAUAAAGUUAGCCUGGAGUUGACUGGCUUUGCAACACACUGAUAAUGGAUUAAAUUCUUUGCAGAGGUGUUUCAUAUGUCCUUUCUGGCCAGGACAUCAGACAGAAAGUCCAAAGUGAAGAGAAGGGACUUGGUAGUAACCUGUUUGUUGGUCAUGAUUCAUGACGCUUGUUGUUUCCUUGGUUAAUCUCUGUUAUAGUUUAUAGUGUGUGUGUAUUGUGUGUAUUCUGUGAAGUGUGUAUAAAGCUGUGUGUGUGUGUUCUGUGUCCCAGGCGGUGCUGGGUCCCCUCAUCGCCAUUGCCCUGAAGAUCUCUGACAUUCACGAGAGGACAGGACACCGUGGCCCCACCGUCAUCACCUGAGCUCUGCUCCACUGCCCACACACACACACACACACACACCUGAGUGCUCCCCCCAUAAACACACAUCUAUGGCCAAAUCCCCAAGGCCACCCCGUCCUGCUUGUUGCCACACCUGGGGCCAAUAUUAAGCAAGAGCUACAUGUAUUCUCUCUCUCUCUCUCUCUCUCUCUCUCUCUCUCUCUCUCUCUCUCUCUCUCUCUCUCUCUCUCUCUCUCUCUCUCUCUCUCUCUCUCUCUCUCUCUCUCUCAAAAUGUAAGAUAUUAUGUAAUCUGCAAAGAAAAGAAGCAAACAGUUUAUUUCAGUGGUUGAUAAAACAACAGGUGUUCAUGUAAGGAUUCUGUUAUGAAAGUUGUAUUUUCUGGAUGCAUGAAAUUACCACUGUACAGCUACAAAGCAUGUGCCUUUAUGUGUGUGUGUGUGUGUGUGUGUGUGUGUGUGUGUGUGUGUGUGUGUGUGUGUGUGUGUGUGUGUGUGUGUGUGUGUGUGUGUGUGUCUGAUCAUUAUAAAGUUGACAGACGGAAUUAAAAGGGAGAAGUCAAUUAUUUUGUUUUGUUUAUGCUGCGUUUCACCUUUCAGGAAGUUUAUGCCCAUGUCGCGUGCACACACACAGACUUCACACACACGCACAUUCUUCCAAGUAUGUUUGACUAUAGCCAGAGGUCAUCAAACGCAGUCAGACACUACAAUCAAAUUGUAAAUGAUUGAUGAGAUUUAACUGAUAGGUUAUUGAGAUAAUGCCUAUAUGGAUCUGUGAAGUGUAGUUGGUGGCUUAAAGUAGUCCCAACCACAGAUGUUUUACUAUCUUUAGAUAGGCCACUCUAUAAACUGUGAAAUGUCAAGUUGCCUUAACAAGAUGAAGUCAACUCUAACAGAAGGCUACUCCUCCCCUGACUUAAUGUUAGUUUAACCCAGGCUUUACACAGAAAUUAUGUAAUCAAAUCAACUUUUAUUUGCUACAUGCGCCGAAUACAACAGGUGUAGACCUUACAGUGAAAUGCUUACUUACAAGCCCUUAACCAACAAUGCAGUUCAAUAAAUAGAGUUAAGAAAAUAUUUACAAAAUAAACAAAAGUAAAAAAUUAAAUAAAAAGUAACACAAUAAAAGAACAAUAACGAGGCUAUAUAUAGGGGGUACCGGUACCGAGUCAAUGUGCGGGGGUACAGGUUAUUCGAGGUGGUAUCUGUUAAGAACUUCCUGUUCCAAAGGGGCUACCACCACUUUUAGAUCUUCUGCUCUUCAUUAGACAGCCUGUUGUUGCCCUGUGUGAUCGGAGUAAGCCAUAGCUGUAUUUCAUUUGUUUUUGUUUUUUAUCCAAAUAAAUUCUUAUCUUUUGUGUGUAAUCUCUUUUUACUUUGUCACUUCUGUUGCUGGGAACAUUAGUAGGUAGAGCUAUUCACCUCUUUUUAGUAGCAUUUUCAUCCUACUGAGCUGAGCCGAGCUGUACUGUGUUGGCCUGGGAAUGCAUCCGCCUAGUCGCUGGAACCAUGAUGCUGGAAAGGACAUUGUGAAGAGAAAAUAUCUGAGCCAUCACAGCAUGGUUCGGGUAGACGCGAUAGUGGGUAAAGGGUUGGUGGGUCCAAAGACUGCAAUAUGGUUCUUUACCUUCAUCUUUGGUGGGUUUAGGACUAUUCAUGUGUAUUCCCACUGUCAUAUGGAAUUGUGUAGUACAUGUGUAUAGUGUGUAUCCAUACUUGUGUCCAGAGAAAUAUCCACCCACCUGUAUCACUUUCAGACUUAUUUAUGCAGGUUUUAUUUAUUCAGAUUAUGACCUGUAUUCUCCUGACCCAGACCAGAUCAGCUGUAUUUACAACUGUGUGACCUUCGAAUUAUAAGGUUAUAUCUGCAAAAAGAUGAUUCUUAAAUAAUUGGUCUGAAUAACGUAACAUGAAUUAAGGUAUUUAGAGUGCUAUAUUGGUAGAAAACAUUGGACAGAAGAAGGCUAUGUCAAUAACUCAAUUAGGACAAAAAUUUAGAUAUAACUUUAUAAUUCCAAACUCUGUAGUCCUGAUUCUGGAUUCCUGUUCUGUAACCAUUCUGGAUUCCUGCUCUAUAAUAAUUCUGGAUUCCUGCUCUGUAACCAUUCUGGAUUCCUGCUCUGUAACCAUUCUAGAUUCCUGCUCUGUAACCAUUAUGGAUUCCUGCUCUGUAACCAUUCUGGAUUCCUGCUCUGUAACCAUUCUUGAUUCCUGCUCUGUAACCAUUCUGGAUUCUUGCUCUGUAACCAUUCUGGAUUCCUGCUCUGUAACCAUUCUGGAUUCCUGCUCUGUAACCAUUCUGGAUUCCUGCUCUGUAACGAUUCUGGAUUCCUGCUCUGUAACGAUUCUGGAUUCCUGCUCUGUAACCAUUCUGGAUUCCUGCUCUGUAACCAUUCUAGAUUCCUGCCCUGUAACCAUUCUGGAUUCCUGCUCUGUAACGAUUCUGGAUUCCUGCUCUGUAACCAUUCUGGAUUCCUGCUCUGUAACGAUUCUGGAUUCCUGCUCUGUAACCAUUCUGGAUUCCUGCUCUGUAACCAUUCUGGAUUCCUGCUCUGUAACCAUUAUAGAUUCCUGCUCUGUAACCAUUCUGGAUUCCUGCUCCGUAACCAUUCUGGAUUCCUGCUCUGUAACCAUUCUGGAUUCCUGCUCUGUAACCAUUCUGGAUUCCUGCUCUGUAACCAUUCUGGAUUCCUGCUCUGUAACCAUUCUGGAUUCCUGCUCUGUAACCAUUCUGAAAUCCUGCUCUGUAACGAUUCUGGAUUCCUGCUCUAUAACCAUUCUGGAUUCCUGCUCUGUAACCAUUCUGGAUUCCUGCUCUGUAACCAUUCUGGAUUCCUGCUCUGUAACCAUUCUGGAUUCCUGCUCUGUAACCAUUCUGGAUUCCUGCUCUGUACAGGACUAUCAUAACCAACACCAGUAGUUAUCUACCACAGGCUACAUCUUUAUAUGGUUAGUGUAUUGGUUUCCUCAUGUCCUGUUCAAAUGCACCAUGUUUGUGACAGGGAAAAGGACUUCAUGGGAAUGCAUUGAAGUUAUUGUGGUGUUAAUUGUGAGUGUGUGUGUGUGUGUGUCACAUUACAGUAGAUUGUUAUACAGCCUCAGAAAGAAGACUUCGAUUGCAUAAUGGCUUUUAUUGCACUCAUUAAAUGUGAGUACAUGACAUUGUUUCCUUUCGGAUACAAAUAGGCGUAAGAUUGUAAAAGACUGAUUCCCUUUCAUGAACUCUGGACACUUGAUCUGUCUGUGGCAAGUUACCUAACAUAUCAGAUUUAAAAGAAACUGGUGGCCAGUAAACAACAGCCAUUACGCUAUGAGCUCAGGAAUUAGACCUACCUUAACCCCCAGGUGUGUGUAUGUGUUCACAACAGUGUCUUCAACAACCUUUAAGUUACCAAGUGGACUGAGGUUGAGGAAGGCCCUUUUCUGUUUCAGCAUGACAAUACCCCCAUGCACAAAGCGAGGUCCAUACAGAAAUGGUUUGUCAAGAUCGGUGUGGAAGAACUUGACUGGCCUGCACAGAGCCCUGACCUGGGCAGAUGUAACAGAUUCACAGAGAAUCACAGAUUUUAUGAUAAAAGGUCCUUUAUUUUUGAUAAACAUUAUUUGCUUAUGAAAGCUCUCAGUGGCUGCAGAACACAUACAAUAUAAGAGUACAAUACAACUCCAUGUACAAUGUUGUGAUGUUGACAUACUGUACAGUGCUCUUUGUAAACAGAUACACUACAUUACCAAAAGUAUGUGGACACCUGCUUGUCGAACAUCUCAUUCCAAAAUCAUGGGCAUUAAUAUGCUAUAACAGCCUCCACUCUUCUGGGAAGGCUUUCCACUAGAUGUUUGAACAUUGCUGUGGGGACUUGCAUCCAUUCAGCCUCAAGAGCUUUAGUGUGGUCGGGCACUGAUGUUGGGCGAUUAGGCCUGGCUCACAGUCGGUGUUCCAAUUCAUCCCAAAAGUGUUCGAUGGGGUUGAGGGCAGGGCUCUGUGCAGGCCAGUCAAGUUCUUCCACACCGAUCUUGACAAACCAUUUCUGUAUGGACCUCGCUUUGUGCAUGGGGGUAUUGUCAUGCUGAAACAGAAAAGGGCCUUCCCCAACGUGUUGCCACAAAGUUGGAAACACAGAAUCGUCUACAAUGUCAUUGUAUGCUGUUGCGUUAAGAUUUCCCUUCACUGGAACUAAGGGGCCUAGUCAGAACCAUGAAAAACAGCCCCAGACCAUUACUCCUCCUCCACCAAAUGUUACAGUUGUUUCUAUGCAUUGGGGCAGGUAGCGUUCUCCUGGCAUCCGCCAAACCCAGAUUAGUCCGUCGGACUGCGAGGCGUGAUUCAUCACUCCAGAGAACGCAUUUCCACUGCUUCAGAGUCCAAUGGCGGCGAGCUUUACACCACUCCAGCCGACACUUGUUAUUGCGCAUGGUGAUCUUAGGCUUGUGUUCAGCUGCUCGGCCAUGGAAACCCAUUUCAUUAAGAUCCCGACGAACAGUUAUUGUGCUGACUUUGCUUCCAGAGGCAGUUUGGAACUUGGCAGUGAGUGCUGCAACUGAGGACAGACUAUUUUUAGGCGCUACGCGUUUCAGCACUCGGUGGUCCCGUUCUGUGAACUUUUGUUGCUCAUAGACGGUUCCACUUCACAAUAACAGCACUUACAGUUAACUGGGGAAGCUCUAGCAGGGCAGAAAUUUGACCAACUGACUUGUUGGAAAGGUGGCAUCCUAUGACUAUGUGCUCAAUUUUAUACACCUGUCAGCAAAGAGUGUGGCUGAAAUAGCCAAAUCCACUCAUUUGAAGGGACUUUUGUAUAUACUUUUGUAUAUAUAGUGUACCAAUACUGCACUCAGAGUCACACCCAACAACAAGCAAAAACAAGCAGGUCUGUGCAUGGUGGUUUUUUUAAGUGCAUCAUUCAGAUUUACAGAGACACCUAGAUUCUCUAUCACCCUUCACUAGCAUUCUGUAGACAUUUGUCUUGAUCAAAUCAAAUCAAAUCAAAUUUUAUUGGUCGCAUGCGCCGAAUACAACAGGUGCAGACAUUACAGUGAAAUGCUUACUUACAGCCCUUAACCAACAGUGCAUUUAUUUUUAACAAAAAAAGUAAAAAUAAAACAACAACAAAAAAAGUGUUGAGAGAAAAAGAGCAGAAGUAAAAUAAAAUAACAGUAGGGAGGCUAUAUAUACAGGGGGGUACCGGUGCAGAGUCAAUGUGCGGGGGCACCGGCUAGUUGAGAUAGUUGAAGUAAUAUGUACAUGUGGGUAGAGUUAAAGUGACUAUGCAUAAAUAAUUAACAGAGUAGCAGCAGCGUAAAAAGGAUGGGGUGGGGGGCAGUGCAAAUAGUCCGGGUAGCCAUGAUUAGCUGUUCAGGAGUCUUAUGGCUUGGGGGUAGAAGCUGUUGAGAAGUCUUUUGGACCUAGACUUGGCACUCCGGUACCGCUUGCCAUGCGUUAGCAGGGAGAACAGUCUAUGACUAGGGUGGCUGGAGUCUUUGAUAAUUUUGAGGGCCUUCCUCUGACACCGCCUAGUAUAGAGGUCCUGGAUGGCAGGAAGCUUGGCCCCAGUGAUGUACUGGGCCGUACGCACUACCCUCUGUAGUGCCUUGCGUUCGGAGGCCAAGCAGUUGCCAUACCAGGCGGUGAUGCAACCAGUCAGGAUGCUCUCGAUGGUGCAGCUGUAGAAUUUUUUGAGGAUCUGAGGACCCAUGCCAAAUCUUUUCAGUCUCCUGAGGGGGAAUAGGCUUUGUCGUGCCCUCUUCACGACUGUCUUGGUGUGUUUGGACCAUGAUAGUUCGUUGGUGAUGUGGACACCAAGGAACUUGAAGCUCUCAACCUGUUCCACUACAGCCCCGUCGAUGAGAAUGGGGGCGUGCUCAGUCCUCUUUUUUUUCCUGUAGUCCACAAUCAUCUCCUUUGUCUUGGUCACGUUGAGGGAGAGGUUGUUGUCCUGGCACCACACGGCCAGGUCUCUGACCUCCUCCCUAUAGGCUGUCUCAUCGUUGUCGGUGAUCAGGCCUACCACUGUUGUGUCGUCGGCAAACUUAAUGAUGGUGUUGGAGUCGUGCCUGGCCAUGCAGUCAUGGGUGAACAGAGAGUACAGGAGGGGACUGAGCACGCACCCCUGAGGGGCCCCCGUGUUGAGGAUCAGUGUGGCAGAUGUGUUGUUACCUACCCUUACCACCUGGGGGCGGCCCGUCAGGAAGUCCAGGAUCCAGUUGCAGAGGGAGGUGUUUAGUCCCAGGAUCCUUAGCUUAGUGAUGAGCUUAGAGGGCACUAUGGUGAUCCACCUGUAGCCCACUGUACUACCUGAUGCUAUAGGUUACUACUGUUCAGCCACUGUACUACCUGAUGCUAUAGGUUACUACUGUUCAGCCACUGUACUACCUGAUGCUAUAGGUUACUACUGUUCAGCCACUGUACUACCUGAUGCUAUAGGUUACUACUGUUCAGCCACUGUACUACCUGAUGGUAUAGGUUACUACUGUUCAGCCACUGUACUACCUGAUGCUAUAGGUUACUACUGUUCAGCCACUGCACUACCUGAUGCUAUAGGUUACUACUGUUCAGCCACUGUACUACCUGAUGCUAUAGGUUACUAUCUUCAGCAAUAGCUCAAGACAGUCUCAUUCCUAGCUAUAACUCCGACCUGUCUCCGUUCUCCAGACAACCAUGACGCCAGGAGCAACAGGCUUUGCUGACAUGCUCCGACCCUGUGCGGUAGCACCUCUCUCUGACCUGAAAAGGCCAUGUCAUUUACAUCUCCUGAAGGGUCAGAGGUCAAAGGUCAGGCAGGGAGACACGCUUUUUAAACAGUACACAAGGGUGAUGUCCUCACCUUCCAGAAUCCACCAUCUAUCGACCGUCCAGCUCAGGACAUGGAACUCUGUCCAAGCGGGAAUGUUCUGGUUGCUCUGGAAGCCCAUGUGGCUCCCUGUGCGGCUGCAUGGCCAUCUCAGAGUAAGCAGGUGGUUCUUCGUGGUUGAAGGUGUCGUCUGGGGCCUCGGAGAUGUCCGGGGUGUACAGAGGUGGGGCCAGGUUGAACCUCAGGCCGUCUUCAGAGACCACCAGCACAGAGUAAGCUGCAGCAGCAGCAGAGGCGUGGUUCUGCUGAGACUCCUCAUAGGAGGGAAGGUAGAAGCUGGAUCUGGAGAGGACAACAGACACAUUCCAAGUAUGUUAUUGAAAGGAAAUUAGGCUUACAGUACAUUUUACAACAAAUAUCAUAUGUAAGUGCCUAUGUUAAGAAACCGUAUUAUGAAUUCAGUUUAUAAACAUUUUGACAGCUAACCCUUAGUCUUGUGUACGUAAUAGGAAUAUAUAGAUGUUUGCAAUUACAUGUACAUUUUAGUCAUUUAGCAGACGCUCUUAUCCAGAGCGACUUACAGUUAGUGAGUGCAUACAUUUUUCAUACUGGCCCCCCGUGGGAAUCGAACCCACAACCCUGGCGUUGCAAAUGCCAUGCUCUACCAAGUGAGCUACACGGGGCCUGCAAUGCACCUGACUGUUGAUAAUUCAAUGUACUGUCACUGUAUCAGUUUCUGUAAAAGUAUCAAAUUAAGUAUUCAAUAAAAGGAAAAUGUACAAUAUGAAUGAUACACACUGAAAACAAAAAAACGCAUCAUGUAAAUUGUUGGUCCCAUGUUUCAUGAGCUGAAAUAAAAGAUCCCAGAAAUGUUCCUGAGGCCCAUUGUGAGGGCACAUUUUUUUAAGGUAUCUGUGACCAACAGAUGCAUAUCUGUAUUCCCAGUCGUGAAUUCCAUAGAUUAGGGCAUAAUGAAUUUAUUUCAGUUGACUGAUUUUCUCAUAUGAACUGUUACUGAGUAACAUCUUUUAAAUUGUUGCGUUUAUAUAUAUAUAUAUAUAUAUAUAUUUCCGUAUUUAAGUAAUUCAGGCAUUAAUUGACUCUGUCCCCAGGUGAGUGAGAUAGGCGUACCUGUCGACGGUGUAGACGUGGACGUGUGCAGUGGCAUGGUGGCACCUGCUCCUCUGGUGCUGCAUCUUCCUCUUCAUGCCAUGGCAGAUGGUCCAGAAGACCCCGGUGAGGAGGGACAGGAAGCCACAGGCAAUGAGGACAUAGGCCAGGAUGUAACUCAGGGUGUAGUUGUAGGCAUUGUGGAGGGACAUCAGGUAAGCCCCCACACAGAUGAGGACAAAGCUCAGGGCAGGCAGCACCAAACGGGCCAGGGAACACAGGUGCUUCCUCGUAUCCAUGAUCACUGGUCACUCUCUCUCUAGGUGCCUUCUCUCCCUUUCUUCAGGUGAUUUCUCUCUCUCUCUCUCUCUGCAGGUGGAAGGAGAGGUGGUGGGAACUGAAGGUUGGUUGGCAGGUUUAG